UUUCAAUCAAGAACUAACGAGCCUUAUAUUUUGUGAUUCAGCUCUAGGUUUAAAAGAAUUUGUCAUCAUAAAAUCUAGAGAGAAUUAUUGCUAUUUCUUAUGAGUGAAGUGAUCAUAUAAUUCCAUAUGUUUUUUUUGGGUUUUGAAACCACAAGAAAAUGUGGAUGAUAUUCACAAUACUAUCCUAAUCUCUUUCAUGCACACAUAUGAACAACACCAAAGAAUCCCAAGAAAGGUUCCUUUUCUUUCUUCCCAACCCAAUUCAUAACUUGUCACCUCCAAUGGAACUCUCUCUCUACCUCCAUAAACCAUCUCUCCUUCCCCCCUAUCUCUCCUCCAUUACCACUUCAAGGAAGAGAUCGCCCCAUAAAGUUAGGUUUACGUUUUCAUGUAAUUGCACAUCAUCUUCACCAGAAGCCUCUGUCAGUAUAGAUGGAUCAGUGUCUCAAAUUGAGGGGAGAAGAGCAUUCAUGACUUGUUUUCUUGCUGCAGCUGCUGGUUUUUCUGUCUCCGAUGUGGCUGUUGCUGCUAGUACAAGUAGAAGAGCUCUUAAGGGAGCAAAAGUACCCGAGAGUGAAUACACAACCCUUCCCAAUGGGCUCAAAUACUAUGAUUUGAAGGUUGGAAAUGGAGCUGAAGCUGUGAAGGGAUCUCGGGUUGCAGUACACUAUGUUGCUAAAUGGAGAAACAUCACUUUUAUGACAAGCAGACAGGGGAUGGGUGUCGGCGGUGGAACGCCUUAUGGGUUUGAUGUUGGGGAAUCAGAAAGAGGAAAUGUCCUUAAAGGGAUAGAUUUUGGUGUCCGAGGCAUGAGGAUAGGAGGCCAGCGGCUGCUGAUUGUUCCUCCUGAACUUGCUUAUGGAAGCAAAGGUGUGCAGGAAAUUCCUCCAAAUGCAACCAUUGAGAUAGAUGUUGAAUUACUGUCCAUUAAACAAAGUCCAUUUGGGUCUCCAGUCAAGAUAGUUGAAGGAUAACAUGAAUAUGCUCUAUUGCCUUUUGUUGUACAUGGAGAAGAGCAGAGAAUGACACGUAAUAAUGCUAGAAGUUGGAAUAUCAUUUACUUAUAGCUUUAUUAGGGACCAUGAAGCUGCUUUUUGCAGGUUCUCAGACUACCACAACUUUUCUCUACGAUGUGGCAUAUUUUUCUUUUUGAGUUGUGAAAUAUUAGAUCCUGCAUAAUGAUUUUUCAUGGAAGGUACAUAAUAUUAAACCUUAAUGCAAGAACGUGGGUAUUGGGUAAUGGAAGAUGAAAUUAGUAGCUAAA